UGCAAGGCCACUCAACCAUGUGCCAGCUGGAGUGAUCUUUAGGCACAAUGUCUUUACCAAGGCUCAUGCACCAGAGCAGCAAUGGCAAUUUGGUGGACUGCUGUGCUGGUCCAGCAUGCGGCUCAUACUCCAUACUCACAGGCAGCUUUUCCGUGGAUGAUAAUAGAAGGAUUCAAAUGCUGGCUGACACUGUGGCUACUUUGCCUCGGGGACGGAAGCAGCUUGCUUUGACGAGAUCAAGUUCUUUAGGUGACUUUGCCUGGUCUCAAAGAAAGCUUGUUACUGUGGAGAAGCAGGAUAAUGGAACAUUUGGAUUUGAAAUUCAGACUUACAGGCUCCAGAACCAGAACACCUGCGCCUCAGAGCCGUGCACUCUGAUCUGCAAAAUCCAGGAGGGCAGCCCAGCGCACUGUGCCGGCCUGCAAGCCGGUGAUGUCCUUGCAAAUAUCAAUGGUGUGGGCACAGAAGGCUUUACCCACAAGCAAGUUGUUGACCUGAUCAGAUCGUCAGGAAACCUGCUAACGAUAGAGACUCUUAAUGGAACAGCAAUUCUCAAGAAAGCCGAGCUUGAAGCAAAGCUGCAAGUUUUAAAGCAAACCUUGAAGAAGAAAUGGGUGGAGCUCAGAACUCUGCAGUUACAGGAACAGCGCCUGCUUCAUGGUGAUGCAGCUAACUGCCCAAGUUUGGAAAACAUGGACAUAGAUGAAUCAGUUUUGUUUGGAACCCUGCCUGGGGCUGGUUCAGCCCUCCCAGACCGGAAUCGAUUAUCCAGUGAGAGCAGCUGUAAGAGCUGGCUGAGCUCCAUGACAAUGGACAGCGAGGAUGGCUACCAGACAUGGGUGUCUGAGGACUCGAGCAAGGGAGCCUUCAGCCGACAGACAAGCACCGAUGAUGAGUGCUUUGUCCUCAAGGAUGGGGACGAUUUUCUGAAGAAGUCAUCUUCCAGGAACCGAAGCAUCAGUACGGCCAGCAGUGGGUCCAUGUCUCCCAUGUGGGAGAGCAACUUCUCAAGCAUGUUUGGGACUCUGCCCCGAAAAAGCAGAAGGGGGAGUGUCCGGAAACAACUCUUGAAAUUCAUCCCUGGCCUUCACCGCCCUGUGGAAGAGGAAGAGAGUCGCUUUUGAUGGGUUGGGAUGCCCCUUCCUAUGAGCGUAUUUCAUAAAUAUUUCUAGACUUGUUUAGAUCAACUCCACCCAGCUUAGUGGGAAAGUGCAAAUGAAUUGCAAAACUGACAUCCCAUUUUAUGGCAAUAGUGACCUUUAUUUAAAGUUUUUCUAUCGUGUUGUUGUUUUUCCCCCUGCAUCUUAAUGUUUUAACUUAGAACAGCUGAAGUUCUAAGCAGACAGUAAGGAAAUAAAGUUGUAAGUUAGAUAAUAUAACAAAUUAACAAAUAUACUUGCUAAUGCUAAUGCUGCCUGUGAAGGCAAGCGUAAUAUUUAUUUUGUAGGUUAUCCAUGUGAAAAAUUGAGAACUUUGGAGUCCAGUGUAAAUAAGAGAGUGACAAUAUAAUUAUUUGGAAUACCUUCUGUAGGUAAAUAAGUAGGUAUCAAAACUUGAUGUUAGCUUAGGCUCAGUAACCUCUUGGGAGGUUUAAAAAUAGGCAAUUUUGAAUGUUUCUGUUAAAAUCUCUGAAGAAUUAUAAACAAAGAUGACCAUCAGCCAUUUUUUACAUCUACAGUGACAGUAAAGCGGGAAGUAUAAGAUUUAAUAUGAGGGUUUAAGCUUCAUGAGACCCAUGGAAAGAUAUUGUCUAAGGUGGGUACUGAGAAAUAUUAUAAUAAGUUUGGUGUGUUUUUUUUUUAUAGGCAGCCUAAACAAAAUGGGUGGAAAUGUUAUUCUUACUUGAUUCAUUUUUUAUUCCAUCUAAAUAUUGAACUGGCAAGAUUUUAUAGCUUUGUAAUUUUUUUAAAGAAAUCUAAAAUUUGAAAAACUAGAUUCAGGAAAAGGAUUUUCCUCCUGUAGAUCCAUACCACUCCUUACAUUAUGUUAUAUAUUUUAAAUAGUUAUUGCCUUGGCACCCUUUAGCCUAUUCGUUAUGUUAGUAUCACAUUAUGUCUAGCCAUUCAAUUGCAUUUUUAUUCAACGCCCAUUAAAGUCCAUAAUUUUUCUCUUCUGGUGAUACAGCUGCUCACUGCCUCUAUUCUAGAGUAAAUAACCCCAACAAUAUAAUAAAUAGCCCUUACUGAUUUUAAGGUGUGUGUGUG